AUGUCCACCGGAUCUCUCAGCGACGUCGACGACGAGCUUCUGGAUGGCAUCCUGAAGUUCGGCUCCUCCGGGAAAGACUCCAACGAGAGCACGGAGGAGAGCUCCAACUGCGAGGGCGCGGGCGCGAACGAGGAGCGCAGGGAGGCGUCGGGCAAGAAGCGCAAGAGCGCGUCGCGCAAAACUGCGCCCAAGGGCGUGGCGCAACAGGAGGGGGGCAAGCAGGUGCAGAGGAACGCGGCGAACGCCCGGGAGAGGGCCAGGAUGCGGGUCCUGUCCAAAGCCUUCUCCCGCCUGAAGACCUCCCUGCCCUGGGUGCCGCCGGACACCAAGCUGUCCAAGCUGGACACGCUGCGCCUGGCCUCCAGCUACAUAGCGCACCUCCGGCAGAUCCUGGCCAACGACAAGUACGAGAAUGGAUAUAUUCACCCCGUGAACCUGACGUGGCCUUUCAUGGUCGCAGGUAAACCGGAGACGGACUUAAAGGAGAUGCUGAGCACGACGAGGCUGUGCGGAACCACGGCGUCCUGA